UACGCGGAAAUCCAGCAUGUUUGUGCCAGACGCGUUGACGAUUGUGACAACACUACACUGACACAUGCAUGAUGAAAAUGUUACCAGUAAAUGAACAGCAGUCCUCAUGCUGGGUGUACGUCCUUGAAAUGGAAAUCCGAGACGUUUACUAGUAAAAUCCUUUUCCUGGAUUUCUCCUAUGGACUAUUUAAGAAAGAGAAAGAGAAAGUAAUUUAUUAGAAUCGAAGUGGUGGACGGGCUAGAGAGGCGAAAUAAAGUGGAGGCUGAUCGUUGUACAUUUCCCAUACAAAGAUGAAUUUUGUGUGAAAUUGAAUGGAAAGAAGGCGAACAAAAAUGUCGUUUUCUGAGGAUGAUCAGUAUGGAGAUUUUGACGACGAAAAUGAUCAAAACACGCGCAUCGAUUCCCCAACGGAUACCUCGGAUUAUAACAGUUACCCGUACAGCAUGGAAGACGAAGAUCAGGGAGCAACGGCAAUUUACAGCGAGAAUGAUGCGAACGUCAUCCGGCGAAACGGCCAUGUUGAUGAGGAUGAUGAUAUCCAUGCACAACUUGCACAGAAAGAGAAGGAUCUUAUACUGGCCGCUGAGCUCGGAAAAGCGUUACUAGAAAGCAAUGAAGAAUUGUCAAGAAAACAAGAACACUUACAACGAGACUAUACAGAGAGAAUCGAGAUGCUAGAACAAGAAAGGUACGAGUUGAAGUUAAGGCUCGAAAGUAUCGAAGGUCAAUUUGACGGCAAAGUAAUGGACAUGCAGAGUGAAGUCAGAACUCUGCAGGAAAAAUUAACAGAUCAACAACAAUCGCUGAAAGUUGCAGAGAAGGAAAAACAAGAUAUGGUUCGAGAGUUAUCAGAACAGAAUCAAAGAUUAUCGUCACAGUUACACCAGGCUUCCCUUGCAGAAGAAGAACUAACCGAACAAAUGCAAAAGCUGCAGAUGAAACUGACUGAUAACAAAAGCUCUAUGUCUAGCAAUACACAUGUAUUAGAUAGACUUAGAGAAGAGAUUCAGUUGCUGACAGACAGGAAGUGCGAGUUGGAAAAACGUUUGAAUGCCGUGGUUGAAGAAAGAGAUGCUUUGGAGAACAAUUUGGAAGAAACUAAUGAUAGAGUCAUGAUGUUAGAUAGGCAACUUAGAGAAACACAAAUACAGGUCUUUAAUAAAGAUUCUGAAAUUGAUGAGCUUCGUACUAUGAACAGCCAUUUACAAGACAGGGUUGAGGAACUAUCCCAGCAGACCUUGCACCAACACACGGAUAGUCCCUCUUUAUUUGAUGAACUGGCUCAGCAUACCGAUAGCCCUUCUUUGUUUGAAGAACUGGAUGACCAACAAUUCACCAUGGAUACGACAGAUAUUGCUUCGAUGUCAACUCAUCAAAGGUACAGCAUUGAUGAUAUUGAAAGUGAUGAAGAAUAUGAUGAUGUUGUCAUGGCGAUGAGCCAAGGACCAACUGAAACACCGGUGGACUUUGAAACAGAGCAGCUUCAAGCCAUAAACCAAGAGAUGAAACUUAAUAUUGAAGAAUCGUGCCAACAUUUGAGAGAAAUACUGAAAGAUCUGAAACAACAUUUUGUUGUCAUCAUAUGUGGUGUCGAAGAUGACACGAACCCAUCAGCAAAGAGGGCCAAAACAAGUGAUAAAUAUGAUAAUGAGGAAGAAGCUGAUGAGAAUGAGACAGAGGAAUUGAGAGACAUUAUUCAACAGAUACAGUCCAUAGUUCACCAAGUAAUGCAAAAACAGUUAAUGUUAUCGACUGCCAGUUCUCUCAGUGGUUACAGCAUGCAGAAAACCAAAUCUGAUUUGGCGGAGCUGGAGAGUAAAAUACAGUUUUUGGAGGUCAAUUUACAGAGCACACAGGAUCACAUGGAGAAACUGAAAACCAAAAUAAACCAACAAAAUGGUGAAUUACAAAGAAAAACUGAUGAACUUGAAGUGAUGUCCUGUAAGGCAAGGCAAUCAGUGGCCGAUAACUGCCUUCCUCAGUUGCAUGAUACGGAAAGAGAGGUGGAUGUCCUUCAACGAGAAAGACUUUUAUCAGAACAACAACACCAAGAAGAUAUAAUUAAGCGAGAAGAAGAUGUAAGACAAGCAAGAGUUCAAAGAGAUGGAGCAAUAGCCAAGAAAAAUGCUGUGGAGUUGCAGUUGACGAGAUCCAAGAUUGAUAUGAUGAAUCUCGAUAGUCAGCUACUUGAAGCUAUUCAACAGAAAAUAGAACUAUCACAGCAGCUGGACCAAUGGCAGGUUGACAUGGAAUCGUUACUAGGCAACAGGAUGCAAAAGAAGUUAGAUGAAGAUAAGAGCAAUAGUACUAUAACGCCGGGCACUAGGAGAAAGAAAUUGAGCUUCUGGAGCUGAUGAAUUAUAUAAAAUAUUGUGUUGUGUGAAAAAUGCAGACAUUUG